UGGAUAGUGAGCAGUAGCCGGAUCAGCUGACAUGAAGGUCUGGACGCUUCUCCUGUGUUUCCUGUUCGUACGGCAGAGUUGGACUUCUGGAGAAGACACAGUGGCAGAAGACAUCGGUGUGCAUCAGCUGGAACGGUUGGUGGAGUUGCUGACAUCCAGAGAGUGUGAGGACCUGCUGGCUGCCCUGUCUCACCCAGAGGAGAACAUCUUCCAGCACCUCGAUCGUCUCUCUCCAGAUAAAAAUAAAUUAGAUCUUAAACCUCGAGCUAAGAGAGACACUUCUGCUGCAGAUAGUGGGACUCAGUGCCGAGCGGCGCUGACAGACUGGCUGCUGAAGUACGGAGAGAAGACCUACUACGACAGGCUUUCCCGCGCCUUGCAGCAUAUCGGCAGAACAGACAUCGCCAUUGAAAUGGGGAAGAACAUAAACCAGGACAAAGCCUUGAGCUUGAAACGCUUCGUGGAGGAUUACCACAAAUAUGUCAACUCUCUCAACGUCCCCAAAAAACGCCAGCGUGGACAUAAGAGACUCCGAAAAACAUGGGUGAAGGAUCUGACAUGGCAGGACCUGGACCUGGUGCUGGAGCGAGCGCCGCUCCCUCUGUACCUGAGGGGCCCCUUGGACGUGUUCCUUCCACUGUUUUACGGCCUCGUGCUGGGCUCGGCCGGCGUCUUGCUCGCGGGCGUAUCUGUACUGCUCAUCAUCAUUCGGGUUUCUCAAAGACGGAGGCAGAGCCACCACAACCCAACCAGACAACAGUGA